AUGGAUACUUUAGCUAGAAGUUCCCCCCAUAAUGUUGUUGUUAGCUGCGAAUUAAAUUUAAAUUUGGAUUAUAUGUUGAAAAGAAUAUGGGAAUAUUUGGCAUUAAUUAGAAUUUAUACUAAAAAGCCUGGAAGUCCUCCUGAUCUUGGCCCGGAAGAUGGAAUUAUUUUGCGUGGUUCUUCAACUGUUGAACAUGCUUGCCAUGCUUUACACAGAACAUUAGCUCAAGCAUUUCGUUAUGCAAUUGUUUGGGGGACUUCUACUAAAUUUUCUCCGCAAAGAGUUGGAAUACAACAUAAAUUGCACCAUGAAGAUGUUAUACAAAUUGUUAAAAAGAAUUAAAGUAUAUUUUUUUAUAAAUAUUUUAGGGUUGUUGGCACUGAAAUGUCCGCAAAAAAUUUGCGGACUUUCUGCAAAUUUUUUGCGGACUUUUUUUGCAGACGUUUUUUUGCGGACAUUUUUUGUUGGCGAUUAGGGGUGAGCGCAUUGCGUUUUGCGUUAUUUGCGUUAAAUUUUGGCGUUGCGUUUUGCGUUUUUUGAUAUUGUCUCUUGCACUCAUCCCUGUUGGCGACUUGUUAUUUACCCUGCCCCUCGGUUUUUGGUUAAUCUAAAUUUAAGAAACCCUCAGGGGUUGUGGUUAUUUUGCAGAACUUUUUGGCAGACGAUUUUUUCGGAUUAUUCAGAAAUGGUUGUAAUUUUUGAUAAAAAAUAUAUGAUUUUUUCGGCUCCAAAACUUGUCGUCAACAACAUUAAU